UAAAACGGUCCUUUCCUCUCUCUUUCUCUCUAUGAAUCUUGUGAGAUCGGUAUUAAAACGGUCCUUUCCUCUCUCUCUUUCUCUCUCUCUGCAUUUGGGAGCUCAAACUCCUCCCCUGGGUCCCUGUGAAUGACUCUGUUCCAAAAAUUCUGAACAGUACAGACUGUUCCCAUCUCUGAGAGUCGUCUGUCUGGAAAGGUGAAACUUGAAAGGUGUUUGUAUCAAAUAGGAGGCUGUUGGAAAGGAAGAGGAAAAGGUCGUGAAGAGAAGAACCUUGAGCAAUGGCAGGGGGUUUCAUGGUUGAUGGGAAACAGGGAAGAGCGGAGCUUUACGAGGGGAGGGUCACCAUGUAUGUGGUUUUCGCCUGUAUGGUGGCUGCUUUGGGUGGAUCACUGUUUGGUUAUGAUCUCGGAGUUUCUGGUGGAGUAACUUCUAUGGAUGAAUUCCUCAUACUCUUUUUCCCAAAAGUGUAUGAGAGAAAGCAGCACACUCUCCACGAAACCGAUUACUGUAAAUAUGACAACCAAAUCCUCACGCUUUUCACUUCUUCCCUGUAUUUUGCUGGCCUUGUUUCCACUUUCGGAGCCUCCUAUAUCACCAGGAAUAAGGGAAGAAGGGCAAGCAUUAUUAUAGGUGCAAUGAGUUUCUUCAUAGGUGCAAUAAUCAACGCAGCAGCAGUGAAUGUUGCCAUGUUGAUCAUCGGUCGCAUACUUCUUGGAGUUGGUGUUGGAUUUGGAAAUCAGUCUGUUCCUCUCUACCUCUCUGAGAUGGCACCUGCCAAGAUCCGAGGAGCAAUGAACCUGAUGUUCCAGUUCACCACCUGCUUCGGGAUACUGGUUGCAGAUGUGAUCAACUACUACACGGAGAAGAUUCACCCGUGGGGUUGGAGACUGUCUGUUGGUCUGGCCACAGUCCCAGCAACUCUGAUGUUUGUGGGAGGAUGCUUCCUCCCGGAAACUCCAAACAGUUUAGUGGAACAAGGAAGAAUUGAGGAAGCUAAGGACGUUCUAAGGAGGGUUAGAGGAACCAAUAACAUAAGUGCAGAGUUUGACGACCUUGUUGAAGCUAGCGAGGCGGCACGGGCAAUCAAACAUCCCUUCCGCAACUUGCUCAAGCCGAAGAACAGACCCCAGUUAGUCAUCGGUGCACUCGGGAUCCCUGCAUUCCAGCAGCUCUCCGGCAUGAAUUCAAUUCUCUUCUACUCUCCGGUGAUGUUCCAGAGCUUGGGCUUUGGUUCCAGCGCUUCUUUGUAUUCCUCCAUUAUAACCAGCGCUGUCCUGGUUGCUGCUACUGUGGUCGGUAUGGUGCUUGUGGACAGGAAGGGAAGAAGGUUUCUAUUCAUGGAGGCUGGUACCCAGAUGAUAAUUUCCAUGGUGGUCAUUGCAACCCUCCUUGGACUGAAGUUUGGCCACAACGAGCCACUCCCAAAAUCAUACGGUUUACCUCUCGUGAUCAUGACAUGCUUAUUCGUGGCCGCUUAUGGCUGGUCAUGGGGUCCUCUCGGCUGGCUGGUGCCUAGUGAGAUCUUCCCUUUAGAGACAAGGUCUGCAGGACAGAGCAUCGUCGUCUGUGUCAACCUCUUCUUCACAGCAGCGAUCGCGCAAUGCUUUCUUGCUUCCCUGUGCCACCUCAAAUACGGCGUUUUCCUGCUCUUUGCUUGCUUAAUCAUCAUCAUGAGUCUCUUCAUCUUCUUCCUGCUGCCUGAAACCAAACAAGUUCCUAUAGAGGAGAUGAGUGCGCUAUGGGAGAACCAUUGGUUCUGGAAAAGAAUCGUGCUCUCGUCUGACACCAAAAAGCAGCCAGUUUAGUCUGUCAUUACUGUUAAAUUGGUCAUUGAGAAGGUUGGAUGUCCAUACUUGGCUUUUCUUUUUCCCGACAGAAAAAAUUUCCAUGUUUUUUUAUUUUGUCACACGCAAUUGUGUGAGGAUGUCAUAAAUAUUAUUGUAAAGAUUUUAUGCCAGUUGAUUACUGAAAGCUAUCAUCGAGUAGCCCUUAUUCGC